CAAUAUGCUUGUGAUUUUUACAGUCAAGGUCACUUAGCUACUGGACAUAUUGUAUAAACUGUGUCAAGAUUUUGUCAGAUUUACCUGUGUUUAUGUAGAAUUAUCCUGAUUUACCCUAUUGGACUAUUGUAUGAAGGUACCAAGACUAUGGGGAAGCCUAAACCUUCAAGGAAAACUAAACAAGAAACAGCAGGACAGCCUCCAAAAAUUUCAACAAGGCCAACAGAAAAUGUAGUCAAAUCCAAUAUGGCUUCCACAUGUAAUAUUCCCGCAAUAAGUAACAUUUCAAAUUUGAAUAGCAAUCACAAUACAACUACCUGUACCACGGAUGAUAUAAAGACAGUUAUAGUAGCAUUACAACAAAAAGUGGAGGAUUUAAUGGACAGUACGAAUCGAGUUUUACAACAAAUGGACUUACAGCGACAACAACUUGUGGACAUUUUAGACAGUCAAAUAUCAAAGCUAAAGCUGAAGAUGGACAAUGAGAUUUGUACUUUACGUAAAAACAUUGAACAUAUACACUCUCGUUUGGAUAUUUUGGAAAAUCGAGAUGAAGGUAACUACAAAUCUAAAUCAGUGAAUUCAAAUGUAACUGAAACUGAGGACAAUUAUGUUGUGAUUAAAAAUUUGGAUCAAACGUCGGAAUUGGCUCAAACUGUGAAUGAACUUUUUGGUGAACUAUCGAUUGAUGACAAAAUUGAAACUACCCCUGAAGCUGUCAAAAGACUACCAUCUCAACAUGACCGACCCGGUAUCGUGUUUGUAGCCUUGACAUCACAGAGAGAUAAAAUAUGUAUACUGAAAUUGAAACAUCGCCUCAAAUAUUCAGCAAAAUUCCCCAAUGUUUAUAUUGACACCAGGAAAUCUAGGGAACAACUACAGCAGGAAUACUUAGUGCGCUCUCUCAGGAAAAUGACCGGUCCUCCAAAAUGACUAUCACCCCCCCCAUAUUAGGGCUAUGGAUGAAUUAUACACAAAGGCUUAACAACUGACAUGUGUAUUUUGCCCUUGGUCACUGUACUACAGUAAUACCAUUGUUUACAUCCAGUUGAUCUUGAACAUUCAACUGCGUAACAUGUACCUCAUAAUUAGUAUUGAAAGUUAUAGGCUAAUAAGCUCGUUUCUUUGCUGCAGGACUAUUGAACCAACAAAAAGGAUUAUUUUUUGUAAAUGAAAAGAAACACAUGGACUUAUUUGCGCAACAUGAGUAUUAACUAAAAACAUUCGACUCAUUUUUGAAUCAACAUUGAAGCUGAAAAACCAAUGAACUGAAUGGCACAAAAUAACGUCAACAUACGCAUUGAUACACUUAUUCUUAAAUUCUAUCGAAACUGAACUAUCAAUGAACUGAAUCGCACAAAACAAUCUCAACAAAUACAGUAAAUACUUUGAUAUAAAAAGUGUCUCAUAAGCCGGUGACGGCUGGGGGCUAUUGCCUUUUUUGUAAAUGUAUAAUGUUUGCACCAUGUAUAGCCUGUGACACUAUAAUAAAUAUUUAACUAACUAACUAACU